AUGAAUGGUUUAUAUCAUAAAAAUGGGUGGUUUGGCAAAGAGCCGUGGUGGAAAGAUGCUACUUUCUAUCAAGUGUAUCCGGCAAGCUUUAAGGAUUCCAAUGGCGACGGUUGGGGAGAUAUUCCGGGACUUGUCUCUAAAAUCGAAUAUCUCAAUGAACUGGGCGUCGACGUGGUAUGGCUUUCACCGGUUUUUGAGAGCCCCCAGGCCGAUAUGGGCUACGACGUGUCAGACUACCAGAAGAUUUAUGCGCCCUAUGGUACCAUUGACGACGUGGAUGAACUAAUAAAAGCAUGUCAUGCUCGAAAUAUGAAGUUGAUUCUAGACUUGGUGGUGAACCACACUUCUAUUGAGCACGAAUGGUUUAAAGAGUCUCGUUCGUCGAAGACCAACCCAAAGCGCGAUUGGUACAUCUGGAAACCAGCGCGAUAUGAUAUAAAGGGACAGCGGGUUCCGCCGACAAAUUGGCGAAGUUACUUUGCUGGCUCUACUUGGACUUGGGACGAGCAUACUGAGGAGUAUUAUCUCCAUCUAUACGCGCCUGAUCAGCCGGACUUAAACUGGGAAUCGGAGGCGUGCCGCGAAGCUAUCUACCAGAACACUAUGCGCUUCUGGCUUGAACGAGGUCGCACCGAGUACGUGGAUGCGCCAGUUACAGAUCCAGACUCGCCAUAUCAGCCAGCGCCAGAGAUGUGGUGUAAUGGACCAAGAAUCCACGAGUUCAUCCACGAGAUGCGGACCAAAGCGCUCGCGCCCUAUGGGGCCGUCUCUGUCGGAGAGCUUUCUAACACGCCGGACCCAGGUCAAGUUUUGCCAUACGUGUCGGCAGCAGCGCAGGAACUUGACAUGGUCUUUGAGUUCUCCAUGAUUCGAUUAGGUACUGGGGGAAUGUUUGGACCAAAGUAUAUAUAUAUGCCGUUUACCCUACAGCAACUGAAAAAAAUCGUAGCAAAAUGGCAGACAUUCAUCGAAGGCACAGACAGCUGGACGACUGUCUUCUGCGAGAACCAUGAUAACGGACGAGCCGUGAGCCGGUUCGGCGACUGUUCAACGCCGGAGUUGUGGGAGGCGAGUGCGAAAACCAUAGCUCUCUGGCAAGCUACAUUAACAGGGACGCUGUUCUUAUACCAAGGCCAAGAAAUUGGCAUGACAAACAUGCCGACCACUUGGGGAAUAGAAGAGUACAAAGAUGUUGAGAGUCUCAACUUCUAUGCCGAGGCAUUAGCAUCUGGGGACCAGAAGAUAAUAGCAGACACUAUGCGGGGUCUGCGUAUUCUUGCUCGCGAUCAUUCGCGUAUUCCUUUUCAAUGGGACGACUCUCCGAAUGCAGGGUUUUCAGACAAAAGUGUCAAGACUUGGAUGCGUGUUCACGACGCUUAUCCAGAGCUUAAUGUCAAGAAGCAAAUAUCAGACCCUAAUUCCAUCUUGAGUUUCUACAAGAUGAUCUUAAAGCUGCGCAAGAAAUAUAAGGAUAUAUUCGUCUUGGGAGCUUUCCGGCUACUGAAAGAUGAUGAUGAGGCAAUAUUCUCAUACGUGAAGGAAAGCCCCUUUCGAAUCUCAGAUUUACAAGCGUCGACAAACGGAUAUUCUGUCAGCGGGCGCGAGAAUAAGAGAAUGGCGGUAGUGGUUAUGAACUUUUCCAGAGAUGAACGGGAUUGCCUAGACGUUAGGAAGAUACUGGGUUGUAGCGACGAGGAUACGGCUAGAUUACUAGUGAGUACGCAAUAUGAAGACAAUAAGGGCUCGGUUCUUGGGAAGGAUACUAUACCGAUUGCUUUAAAACCUUGGGAAGGGCGCGUCUACAUCAAUUUCAACUUGAAUGAUGUCAUCAAGAGUAAGAUCCCAUACUUCAGCAUCGCUUGUCUAAAAGAUGGAGCAGGAUUGUCGUAUGCUGCCGCAGCUGCGUCUGGUCCUAGACAAACACCCGAAGAGGCUGCAGCUCCUCAACCUCCCGAGAUCAUAUCUUCUGAGUCCGCAAGCACCUCAUCCCUUGUCGACGUCGAUACGCCUUCGGUGCGCACCGUACCCUCCGACUUCGGGGAACAGGAGAUCCAGACUGAGACUCAAGCUACUCGUCAAGAACAAGAGGAUGCUGCCGAGCGCGCGCGUGCUGAGGCUCAUCUAGCUAAGAAGAAGGGUACCGGGAAAGCACGAAAAGCUGAUAGCAUUCUCACCCAGUGGUUUGCCAAUUUAAGCGAUAAUGCUAGUACAGCCCUCGUCGUCUCCAAUCUGGCUGCCGUUGUAGGACUUAGCGCGUACUUAGGCUUCAAGGCUUGGGGUUUGUAUGAGCGCGGACGCCUAGGUUGGAAGAGCGUUGGUAUUGGUGCGGGUAUCGUGACUGGUGUUGGUCUGAUAGAAGGAAUUCUUGGAGGAUAUCUCUACAGGGGUAAGAAGAAGCAGUCAUAA